AGAAGGAAUUAUGAAGGCUUUUCGAGUCGGAGCAAAAGGUUUGAACUGAACAAGGAAACGGUCACUUUCUGCUACAGGAAGGAUCUAGGUGGGAAAUCUCCCCAUGAGGUGAAGAAGAAGAAGAAGAAGAAGUCCAAGCUUGCGACACGGAACUCGUGGCUGUUAGUAGUCGCUUCUCCAUCCACAUCCAAGGAAUAACAACAUCCGACCGAAGCACACCAACGUCCACCACUCUGCCAGAAAGCUACCGAUGAUCAAUUAAUUUUUAUUGUAAUUAUAUGUUGACCACUAGAGAAAACUAUAUUUUUUCCAUUCCCAUGUCUCCUCCACCAUAUCUGCUUCCAUCUUGAAGAGCUGAAAGUGUCAUACCUCGUAUUCUGGCUGAAUUGGGCUACCAACGAAGAUUGCAGACUGUAGCAGUUAUAUACCAGAACCAUUAUGAGUUGUGGCUGCUUUGGAGCCUCAACUAUAAAGAGGAAAAGUAGUCCUGCUCGUAAUCCUAAUGAGGAUGAUGGCAUUGCAAUUGAUAAUGUUAGGAAUUUCUCCGAUAAAGAACUAAGGUUGGCAACAGAUAAUUAUGACCCAAGGAACAAGAUAGGAAGGGGAGGUUUUGGAACUGUUUACCAGGGGACCUUGAGAGAUGGAAGAAAAGUAGCAGUGAAGACCCUUUCAGCAGGAUCAAGGCAAGGAGUUCGUGAAUUUUUAGCUGAAAUCAAGACUAUAUCAAAUGUUAAGCAUCCAAACCUUGUUGAAUUGAUUGGCUGCUGUGUUCAAGGACCUAGUCGUAUUUUGGUAUAUGAGUAUGUGGAAAAUAACAGCCUUGAUCGUGCAUUACUUGGCACGAGGAAUACAGGCAUCAAACUAGACUGGAGAAGAAGAUCUGCAAUUUGUAUGGGUACUGCUAGGGGUCUUGCAUUCCUUCAUGAAGAACUUGUUCCACACAUUGUGCACAGAGACAUUAAAGCUAGCAACAUACUACUUGACAAAGACUUUAAUCCGAAAAUAGGAGAUUUUGGGUUGGCUAAAUUAUUCCCGGAUGACAUCACUCACAUUAGCACUAGAAUUGCUGGAACAACCGGUUAUCUAGCCCCAGAAUAUGCAUUAGGCGGUCAGUUAACCUUGAAGGCUGAUGUAUACAGCUUUGGAGUUCUUGUACUAGAAAUAAUAAGUGGCAAAAGUAGUUCAAGGGAAACUUGGGGAGGAACUGAGAAAGUCCUCUUGGAAUGGGCUUGGCAACUUCACGAAGAAGGAAGACUUCUGGAGCUAGUGGAUCCUGAGAUUGGAGAAUUUCCUGAGGAAGAAGUGAUUAGGUACAUGAAGGUAGCUUUUUUCUGCUCACAGGCGGCAGCAAACAGAAGGCCAUUAAUGUCCCAAGUUGUGGAUAUGCUGUCCAGGAAAAUCCGGCUCAAUGAGAAGGAGCUAACGGCACCAGGAUUCUACCAGAAUUCAGGAGAAUCCUCUAAAAAGAACCUAUUCAGUGAGUCUACUAGCAAUCAAACUCAUUCUCUUCCUCCCACUAUUACUCAGGAGGGAAAUGUCAAGUAGGGGGAACCCCCCAAAAAAUUUUUUCUCUGUUUUCCUUUGUCUAUCCUUUUUCUUUUCGUGAAACGAGAAGCAUAUUGAAAUUCGAAUCCAUCGGAGCAUAUUUAUCUUA